AUGUCGUCCCCUUCCACCUGCUCGACGUCCACGUCUACCAGUUCCGGCCCCAUAACGCUCGAGACUAUCCGCUGCGCCGAUUGCAACUCGCCCUAUUCCUUCCAGGACCGCCUGGGACACCGUGCUGUCUGCAAGGCCAGGCGUGUGGCUUCCGUCUUUCUCUCUCAGGAUCACUUCUGGUGCACCGAUUGUAGCAAGUACUAUCCUCGCAAGGAGCUCCUCAACCAUCGCUCAGCAUGUAGGGGCGUCCCAUACCCACCAGUUUCGAGACACCCCGAUGAGCACAAGCGAGGACAAAGUGUAGUUCGUAGAGUGGCUUUUGAUCUACCAGACGACUCCGACGACUCCGAUUCUUCUGGUUAUUAUUCCGACUCUGAUUCUUACGUGUCAGACGGUACAGACGUCGACUAUUCCUCCAAUGACGACGAUUAUUCCUCCGAUGACGACGACUUCGUGGAUUACUGCUCGCAAAUCGACCGGCUCCGUCACUCAAAGGACAAUGAACAGUGGGACCUUGGUAGUGCACCAGCUUCAAUAUCAUCAGUUCCUCUCUCGGCUAGCCACGCUACUCCAUUCAAUACCGGAUUACCAGUCCCACCGACAACCUUUAUGUCGCAGACUGAAAACCCAGGAUUCUUGCCUUAUCGUCGUGAGGGCUCUGCUAGAGUACCACCCGACGCAGACCUCCUCCCAAGCUUCUCGAAGGAGGUUGGUGGUUGUGUGAGCUUAGGCCACGCUCGAGCGACCUCGGAGAGCAACAGCAUGAAAAGGCAAUCACUUGGACAUCAUUCUACACGUUCUCUCCCUGACGUUGCGACUUCAAUGGACGCCAACAGUCGUCAUCCUCCUAGAGCUUCCCAAGCCAGACCUCUGUCGAAUCUGCUUUUCGAUAGCAGCAUAUGGGGUCCGCCAAGCGCGUCGCAUAAGUCGCACAAAAGCAACCCUUUCUAA